UUUUGACAAUUUGACGGUAAUUUGACUUUACUGGAUAAAAUUGUUUGACCCGUUUUCUUUUAAUUUUUUGAAAAAUAGUCAUCUAGUGAUAGUGUCUUUUUCACACAAUGAUUCGGUUCAUAUUAAUACAAAACAGAGCUGGAAAAACACGGUUAGCAAAAUGGUACAUGAAUUUUGAUGACGAUGAAAAGCAAAAGCUAAUAGAGGAAGUUCAUGCUGUUGUUACCGUAAGAGAUGCUAAACAUACCAACUUCGUGGAGUUCCGUAAUUUUAAAAUUGUCUACCGCCGAUAUGCAGGCCUAUACUUUUGCAUCUGUGUUGAUGUAAAUGAUAACAAUCUAUGUUAUUUAGAGGCGAUACACAAUUUUGUAGAAGUUCUGAAUGAAUAUUUUCACAAUGUUUGCGAAUUAGAUCUUGUUUUUAAUUUUUACAAAGUCUAUACUGUUGUGGAUGAAAUGUUCUUAGCGGGAGAAAUCAGAGAAACUUCUCAAACCAAAGUUUUAAAGCAACUCUUGAUGUUAAACUCAUUAGAAUAAUGAUAAUCUAUUAUGGAAACUAGCUUGUUUUUGAAUGUAAGGCUUUGUAGUAAGAGUAAAAAGUGAUUGGAUAAUCAGCGUAUGUUAAAAUAAAACAUACAAAAGGUAAUUAUGCUUUAAUCUUGUUGUGGCAAUCUCUUUAUGAUCUUAAUACACAAGGUAUAAAAAGGCUUAUAGGUUGGUUGUAAAAGUUAUUCACCACUGGGAAGUUUGUUUACAUAUCACAAUGAUCUUACAUUUUCUGGACAUAUAUUGUGAGUGUAAAAAGAUAGUUUCCAUGUAAAUUCUAAGAUAAGAUAAUCUUUUCCAACCAUUAAUAUGAUUGGCAUUAAGCGCUAGGAUAAUACCACCUCUUAUUUAAAAGUUUUUUGUCCUAAGAAAACAAUUUCGGUUUUACAAACAUUAUUUUGUCAUUGGAUAAAGUACAUGAGAAUGUAUUUUUAUUUAAUUAAAAUUGGAACUAUUUUGUUUAAAAAUGUUUAAUUUGAGUUAUUGUUUAUAUGUACAAAUUUGUAUGUAAUACUCAUAUUUUAAAAUAAAUACUUUUAUUGUUUCUAUACUUUGUAAUUAUUAUUUGUAUGAUUAGCCAAUAUGAACAAAUACUGGGUAAUAAUAUAUUGU